GCGUUUCUUCGUUCGGAGGGGUGGUACCUACUCCAGGAAGAGAUGCGCACAAUGGCUUUGCGGGAAUCGGAGCAAAAGGCGCCUCCUCUUCCACGUCUUCUACGAGUGUCGUUAAGCCUUGAUGCCCUAAUUCAUCUGGAGAAGCAUCAUCUUGAGAAGCACCAUGACCUUGGAAGGGUUUUAUAACAAGGGAGAAUGACUGCUGCAAUUAUACCAUAAGAACUUGGGGUGAGUUCUGUCGUAUCCUUGUUUUACAUACAAGGGAAAACCUGAUCUGUACCAAGAUGCUCUUCAGGAUGUGAAUAUGGUUAAGGUCUAACGUUCGUUCCUCGUCUUUUAUGGGAGCGGGAGGACACCACACCACUGCAUCAGCAACAGGAGGUACGGCGACAGAGGAAGACAUCUACUAAAAUGUGAAGAUCACUCAUAGAUACUGCUCAAGUAGACUGCAGUCAACUUCCAACCGAGGAAGAUAUCUAAAAUGUGAUAAAUUGCGGCAGAGGAAGAUAUCCAUUGCUCAAGACUCUUUCUAGUCAACUCGAGUAUUCAAAGUACCUAAUCAGACAACAAGCAAAUAUGAUGGUUUACUGCUCCUGUUCGUAGAUACAUAAUCUAGUCUGUGUACUUAUCAUACAUAGAUUCACAUGUAAAUGCUUGUCAGACCAUCCGGCAUUUAAUCAGUGUUUGCUACUGCGAUACCACUACCCAGAAGAUCUUUCUUUCCUGCUUCUAUACUGCCUAGAAGCUCUCCUUUCCAGGUUUUGAGUAAAAGGAUCUUUGUUCUUUCAUGAAAGGGAAUAUAUCUCAGCACUAUGGUUUUGCACAUCAGCAGCACCACGAUAGUGGGCAGGCG